CCUCGAACAUCCCAGUAGGAAACCAUUUAUUUGUGCACAAUAUAACGUGCGACAACUUCUUCACCUCCUAUGCCCUUGGUGAAGAACUCGCAAAGCGGAAAGUCACCAUGCUGGGGACAGUCCGCAAGAACAAGCCAGAGCUUCCCUCUGAGCUUGUUGCAAUCAAGAACAGACAGGCUACAUCCUCAGUGUUUGCCUUCACUGAGAACGCCACAGCUGUUUCGUAUUGCCCCAAGAAAGGGAAGAACGUUGUGCUCAUGAGUACGAUGCACAAGGAUGCCCAGCUCAGCACCAGGGAGGACAAGAAGCCACAAAUGGUGUUGGACUACAAUGCCACAAAGGGUGGUGUUGACAACCUGGAUAAAGUCACAGGCACGUACAGCUGCCGACGCAUGACUGCACGAUGGCCCCUUGUUGUAUUCUUCAACAUCAUCGAUGUGAGUGCCUACAACGCUUUUGUGCUUUGGAGGGAGAUCAGUGAAGGCUGGAACAGCGAAAAGCUGUACCGGAGGAGGCUGUUCCUGGAACAGCUGGGGUACGCGCUGGUGCAACCCCAAAUUGCACGAAGAGUUGUCCUACCAAGAGCCUCAGCGGCUGCUGUGGUGAUAGUGGAGGAUGUUCAGAGGGAGGCACACACCUCCAAUCCUCCAGUGGCCAGAGGGCAAAAACGAGGCAGGUGCCAGAUCUGUUCCACUAGGAACGAUAACAAGACAACUAAUACAUGUGGGGGAUGUGGCAAAUACAUCUGCAAGGAGCACAUCCGUUGUGGAUCAUGUGCCCAGUAGUGCUUUACCCUUUCUUGGAGAGUGGGGGAUGAAUAUUGCCAUUUUUCAUUUGUUUUACAUUUCUUGAGAGAGGUAGACUCUAGGCUACUUUUUGCAGUCUGUGAAAAAAUAGGAGUGGCAGACUUUUACAGUAUUUUAGUUUUUUUGAAAUAAGACAAUAUUUUUGGUAAAUAGCCUACUGUCUUGUUAUUUUUUUCUUCAAAUAUGGACACUCCAAAUGGCCGGCCAAUGGUCAGAUAUUUGUUGUUGUUGAAAAAAAACAAAACAAAAAAAAAAAAAUACAAAAUAUAAAGAGUAAUAAAAAAACUUCCCCCAUUGAGGAUUGCCACCUUAUCCUGGUCAGAGGGUUUGUGCUUGACCCUUUCUUGGAGAGUGAGACGAAUAUUGUUAUUUUCAAAUGGACACUCCAAAUGGCCAACGGUCAGAUAUUUGUUGUUGUUGAAAAAAAAAAAAAAGAAAAAAAAAAAGAAAAAAAAAAAAAGUUAUAAAAAACUUCCCCCUGGAGGAUUGCCACCUUAUCGUGGUCAGGGGGUUUGCGUGCUUCCAUGACCCUAAGAGCUAUAGCUGGUCUUAGGGUAGAAGCCUGACUAAGUGCAAUCUAAAUGGCAAAAAACAACAACAACAACAACACCAUACAAUUAAUACAAUUCGGUCACAUUCAAUGAUGGCCGCCUAACAGUAUUCAAACUGCGAUAACUCGGUCUAAGAUGGUUGGAUUGACUCACAAUUUGUUUCUUUGUGUUCAGGGGACCUAGGAGCACAAAUAAGUGGUUUACCACUGGGAGGUUAUCUGGGGGGG